AUGGUAACAUCAGGUUCAUUAUCAAACUUUCGUCAUUUAGCUAAAAAAAUUAUUUGUGUAGGGAGAAAUUAUGGUGAUAAUAUUAUAACUUUAGGUAAAUCUAUACCACAAAAACCAUUACUUUUUUUAAAAUCUACAAAUUCUAUUAUUGGUGAAGAAGGAAAAAUACAAAUACCAUAUGGUUGUAAUGAUUUAUAUCAAGAAGUUGAGUUAGCUGUUAUUAUAGGAAAAAAAGGUUACAAAAUAGAAAAAAAAGAUGCUAAUAAUUUUGUUGGUGGUUAUACUGUUGCUUUAGAUAUGACAGCAAAUGACUUUUUGAAUGAAGCUAAAAAAGAAAGAGAACCAUGGUUUUUGGCAAAAUCUUUUGAUACUUCAUGUGUUAUUGGGCCAUUUAUAUCUAAAGAUCAAAUUAAAAAUCCACAAAAUAUUGAGCUUUUUUGUAAAGUUAAUGGAAAACUUCGUCAAAAAUGUAACACUAAUCAUAUGAUUUUUGAUAUACCAACAUUAAUUAGUUAUAUUUCACAAUAUUCAACAUUAGAAAUAGGUGAUAUAUUGUUAACUGGUACUCCAAGUGGAAUAUCCAACGUGGUGUCAGGAGAUGAAAUAGAAUUUGGUUUAACAAACAUUUGUAAAAGUAAAAUUUUUGUUGCUUAA